AUGUACAAGAAAAGAAGCAACACUUCUAAAAAAGCAAGUACUUCGCGUGGAAGUAAGAGCCGGGGAAAGGCUUCCAAUGUUUCAAGCUGUCAAUCGAUAGAUCAUAGAAGAAUUACAGACAGUGACGAAAAUACUAGUGACAGCAGUGUAAUUGUGCCAGUAGUGAAUUCUGCAAGAAGAUUAAUUAUACGCGACAGUGAUGAAGAGGAAAAUCCCAGACCUGAAGUGAGUCUUGAGGGGAAUUGGCAGGAAAGUGAUAACACGCCAACAAUUUGGGAAUACUCGGAGGCUUGUGGUGUAAAAGGCUAUGUUUUAGACCGAUUAGGCACGAAUGACGGACUGUUAGAUUUAUUUCUUAUUAUAUUCAACGAAAAUUUGUGGGACAUUGUGGUCACGGAAACAAAUCGUUACGCGGAACAAAUAAUGAGUAAUGGAAGAAGAAGGAAACAGGAUGACGGUUGGUUCCCAGUUACAAAAGAUGAAAUAUUGGCCUAUUAUGCGUUGUGUAUUUUGAUGGCGCAAAUCAAAAAACCAAAUAUACAGAUGCAUUGGUCUAAGCGGGAAGUGAUAGAAACACCUAUAUUUACAAAAGUAAUGCCGCUGAAAAGAUUUACCCAAAUAUCACGAUGUUUGCAUUUCUCAAAUAAUCUAACGGAUUGCAACAAUGAUCGCCUUCACAAAAUAAGACCAAUCAUUAAUUAUUGGAACGACAAAUUUAAUAAUAUUUACACACCGGAUAAAAAUAUAAGUAUUGAUGAAUCAUUAAUGCGAUAUAAAGGCCGCUUAAUGUAUAAACAAUUUAACCCAUCAAAACGAGCCAGGUUUGGCAUAAAAAUAUAUAAACUAUGUAAAGCAAGUACUGGAUUCUGCAGCAAGUUUAAAAUAUAUACUGGCCAAGAUAAAAUUGACUUGAUUGAUAUUUCAUCAGAAGGUGUGGUCACGGAAUUGGCAGAAUCGGUUUUAAAUAAAGGAUACACGUUGUACAUUGACAAUUGGUAUUCCUCACCCGCUCUAUUUCUAAAAUUGCACAAGCAAAAAACAAAUGUUAUCGGCACCGUGCGUAAUAACAGGAAAAAUAUGCCGAAGGAUCUUUCAACAAGCAAAUUAAAACCAGGAGAACAUCUAUGCAGAACGUGCAAUGGAAUAUUAGCUGUAAGGUGGAAGGACAAACGUGAUGUGUAUGUGUUGACAAAGAAACACGCAUCUGUAGAAAUGACUGAAGCGACAGACAAACGAGAUAGGACGAAAUUUAAACCGAAUUGCGUAAUUGACUACAACAAAGGAAUGGGGGCAAUUGAUCUCAAUGAUCAAAUGUUGGCAUGUUUCCCCAUUAUGAGAAAAUAUAUUAAGGGUUACAAAAAACUCUUUUUUUAUAUGACCGAUAUGGGCCUAUAUAAUACGUAUGUAAUAAAAAAACAACUACAAGAUCCAAGAAGACAAUCCUACGUAAAUUAUAGAAUAGAUAUAGCCGAGGCAAUCUUAAAAUAUGUACAGCUGCCUGACUAUACAAGACGUGGGAAAUCCGCAGAAAUUCAAACAACAAUGCGCUUACAGGCGCAAUAUUGGGCUCAUUUCCCCAAACAUAUUGAUGCAACGCCUAGUAAGGAACACCCAACUAGGAUCUGUAAAGAAGCAGGCGUUAAUAGAAGAGUUUGCGAGUACGUUGAACCCAAAACAGCUGAUCGGGAUUCGCAAACUCUCCUAUGCCCGACAUAA